AUGUCUUCCUCAAGAGCUCGGUCACAACCUGGGACACAAUGGUAUCUAGGAGGAUUGCUCUUCCUGCUCCUCGCGAGUUCGGCUCAGGCUUUGUCGGUAGCGUACUGCUCGCCACAAAAUUCUGGUCAAGUCCUAACUUCCAGCCCUUACAUGUCUAAUGGCUUUUGUCAGACACACUGCCAGGGCUCCUAUGUCUUCGCCGUUAUCCAAGGAGAGGACUGCUGGUGCUCCAAUGAACAGCCGGCCAAUACUGUGCCUACCGCAAACUGCAACGAGCAAUGUCCUGGCUAUCCUGCUGACACCUGUGGCAAUCCUGGUCGAGGAUACUUUGCCUACUUUAAUCUGGGAGGAUCGCCCACUGGUACCUAUGGCGGUAGCUCUCCAUCCUCCUCGAGAGCUCCAUCUUCUUCGACUUCUGCUCAGAUAUCGACAUCAUCUUUGGCUCCUUCAUCUGAUCCUCAGACCGAUCCUGGUACUAGUUCUUCGACAACUUCUACAUAUCUUCCUCCUCCUCCUCCUCCACCACCGACUUCCUCAUCAUCUACUUCUCCCGAACCCUCGCAGGUCUAUACCAGUGUUGUGACAGUCACAGGCAGAGCCAGCACUAUCCUAGUAACACCUACACCUGCGCAAACCACCGAUUCGGCCAUAGGGGCUAGUGGCCAGCAGGCCGGCACUACACGUUCUAGUGGACUUAGUGGAGGUGCUGUUGCUGGCAUUGUCGUUGGAGUUGCCAUCAUCAUUGGCCUGGCCAUUGGUGCCAUUGUCUUCUUCAUUUUGCGCCGAAGACAUAGGAAGGAUUUGGACGCAAUAUCAGAGGGAGCCAGUGUCACCUCGCCCUCUCACGCCAGCAAAAGCAAUGGUGGCAUUCCGUCGCGACAAAUUAGUCAGAUGUCGUCGGCAGGCUUGCUUACUAGAACAGCACGACCUGACACUGGAGGCUUCUCGCAACCUGAAACCAGUGCUCACAAUCUGACAACCUCGGAUCGUGCCAGCACGCACAUGACGGUCGACCAAAGGCUGAAUCCUUGGGCUAUUUACUCAAAUGAACCCAGCCGAGUCAGUAAUGUGUCGCUACAGGAUAACCAAGAUUAUUCGCGACAGCUCAGAGUGGCCAAUCCAGAUCUGUAA